AAGGCGGUACCGGAACUGUCGUCCUGAUUCCGGCGGUUGACAUUAAGUAGUUCACGUUCGGCUUUAGCUCGAACUUCAUGUGCCAAACUCCUGACAGCCGAGUCUUAAAAGAUCAUGAGACGGUCUGGGCGGCGGGUGGCUCGACACGAAGAAAUGUUCGGCUGUUUAAAAGUUAAAACGAGUUUCAGAGAGACGGCCAUUAAAACUAGCCGCUCUGCUGUCUGCUGAAUCGAGCUAGGAGGAGCGAAGAAGAAGCAACUUCUGCGCCCGGGGAAGGCUGCCUGAAGCGGGGAGACGACGGACGGAGGUCGGCGCUCGGAGAAGCGUUAAAAACAGCAGGUUUUACUAUUUAUAGAGUUGAAGUAGUUGUGUUGUAUUUCGCCACAAUGCUCAAGCUGUGUCUACAGAGAGCAGUGACGGUUGUACAUAAGUUACCGCCGGGACUGAGGCAGGCACCACCGGUGGCGGCGGCAGCGCUCAGGCUGCCGGGGACAGGGAGCCGCUGCCUGGGCACACACGGGAGGAACGAGCCGAGGGAGCCCCUCAACUCCCCGAAGAGAGCCAAAGAGUUUAUCUACCGACUCCAGCCGAAGGAGAGGACGUGUUUACUGAAGGAGCUGCAGAGUUUCGAGUCCAUAGCUAUAGCUCAAGAGACCCUGGAGCACUCGCCGCCGACUGCAGCCCAGAUCAGAUAUAUUUUGUUACACAACGCCAUCCCCUUUGUUGGAUUCGGCUUCCUCGAUAACGCCAUCAUGAUUGCGGCUGGAACACAGAUAGAACUCUCCAUCGGAGUCACUCUGGGGAUCUCCACCAUGGCCGCUGCAGCUCUGGGGAACCUGGUUUCAGAUUUGGCAGGUCUCGGUCUUGCAGGUUACGUGGAGGCUCUGGCUUCCAAACUGGGGAUGCAGGUUCCUGAUCUGACGCCCAAACAGGUGGACAUGUGGCAGUCGAGGGUCAGCUCGCACAUGGGUAAAGCCAUCGGAGUCUCUAUCGGCUGCAUCCUGGGGAUGUUCCCGCUGUUCUUCCUGGGCGACGAUGACGACGACGAGAAAGACAAAGAAAAAGAAAAAGGAGCCUGCAGCGACACGACGGCGUCAGAUUCGUCCUAACAAGCCACUACAGCUGCACGUCACCGUCACACCCACAGACUGGACACUGAUGUCACCUUUAAAACUGAGUAUUUACAGCGUGAUGUCUGUGUGUCCUCCUGCCCGGGCAGCGUUCACACCUCCUCAGUCUCAAACGCUCUCAAACUUCACUGGCUCAUGAAUUUUAGCUGCACCGCAACUUUGAUUUCAGCUCCUUCUGACGCACCGAGCUGCAGUAUCUUCACUCUGUCUGUUAACUCAACAUGUCAGCUUCAUCACAGGUCGCAUUCAUUUAAGAAUCAUGUCAAAGGACGGACGAAUCUUCAUCGCUCGGUGUGUUGACUUCUCGUUUAACGCUGGAGAAAAACAUAACGUUUGCAAACUUCCUGUGUAAUGUCGGGUAAACAGCAAUAUAUAUUUAUUUUAGUCUUAAUGAACAAUGCGAAUGAGUUAACAGUGUGGUGCCUCAAUAUGAUUAUGCCAGGAAUAGCACAGCAACAGCUAACUGAUCUGAUGGUCCCUCAACUAAAAUCUGACUAGUUCAGAGACAAGUUUAAAACACUAAAGAUAAACAAAUCCUGUCUUCAGGUGCACAAAUGAUUCUGAUCUCACACUGGACUUACAGCAGCUCUGCAUUUAAAGGGUAACUCCGCCAGUUUCACACAAUCAGGACAGGACAGGUGUGUGUCACGGUCGUCAACACAACAGCAGACAGCAGCAGAUUACAUACCUCAUCAGAACACAUCCAGAGGGUGGUAAAAUGUGUAAAACUGGUGGCGUUACCCUUUAAUGCAUCCUUCAGCACUGAUUGAACAGCUUCACAACCGUCUGCUUAACAAAAUCUACAAUCUGCAUCGCCACUUAAUUAUUCUCAUGAAUAAGAUAAUUGUAUUUACAUCUCAGUUUUUGUGUUCGUGUUGUGAACGCUGCCCGAGCGGCUCCCAGGACGCCGAGCGCUCACCUGUCUCACCACCUUCAGACCGCAGCUGUGAUCCGGACUCAUCCGCUUUGCAAAUGUCAGCGGCGGUAUCAGACGUCCUCGGAGGGGUGAGACUCCAAAAAAAUCCAAUUUCACUGUUUUACCAGCCAGCCAGAAGCUUCCAGGUGAGACAGGUGGUCGUUUCUGAUCCUGACAGUAGAAACACAGACUGCGUUGUUCCACUGUGUUCAACUGACCCACUUUUAAAGUCAAAUUAAUCAAAUGAAAAGCUCAUGAGUUGUGUUUAGUUACUACUUAAUCUCCAGAACACUAUUUGGGUCAGAAACAACACAUUUGAGUGUCUGUGCAGUUUUAGACUUCAACCAAAAAGAACAAAGAACAAUGUAAAUACAGAGAGAAGGAACAGUGUCCACUGCUACCUCCAUGGAAUAUGUUUGGUGUUUUGCAUGAAGAACUGAUGUAGCUCUAUAACCAGACGUUUUAUUUCUCUAUCAGAUGUUUGUUUUUUUGUUUUUUUAAUCUGCUGAAAGGUUCUUCAAAUGUUUUGUACGAGCUGACGCGGCGCUCAGUGGCCACAAACUAAACUAAGUCGUUAUUCUUGGAUCUGAUGUUCCCGUUCCAAGGUCCCUCCAUACUUCCAUGUUUUUCUUUUUCAUCUUUACUUUUCACUCCUUUCUCUCUCGCAGACACUUGACUCAAAUCCAGCCGUCUGUGUAAUUAGUUUCUCAGCACACUCGACGCUGCAGAGGGUUGGGAUUUGCCACAGAAGACGUCGGAGUGUGAAACAGUUCGUACCGUGUUCAGUUCAGUUCAGUUCAGUUCAGUUCAGUUCAGUUCAGUUCAGUUCAGUGGUCCUCAGCGAUCUCUGUGACUUCUCCUCUUUCAUUCUUAAUCUUUCACUCUUCUCUCUCUCUCGCACUCCAGCUGACAUUCAAGGAGCUUUUUUGUAAAUAUAUCGAAUCCAUCAGAUCCUUUUUUCACUCCCUGUUCACAACCCUGAUCCCAGAAAAGUUGGGACAUCUUGUAAAACGUCUCUGAAUGUCAGGAUCAGGGCUACGACUAAUGAUCAUGCUGAUUAUUAUAAUAUAUAUGUAAGGUGUAAACAUUGGGCCCUUCGACAGCGUUUCAGAGAAAAAACAACAGACUGAUUUAUCAAACUGACCCUUAAUGUGUCGCAGGGCCCAAAGCAAACGACUGGUGAUUGUAAUGUGUUGUAAGAAUGAUAAAUAGAUCCAAAGUUCUCUGAAGGCUCGUUUCUGCUCCAUUUACCUACAGAAAUAGAUUCAUUCUUCACGUUUGUGUGGAUGUUCAGCAAUAUAACCAGCAGAGGGCGCCAGUAACAGUGUGUUUGUCGUGCUCAGCCAAAUUAAAGUGUUGGAUGUUUAAAACUUCCCACCAACUCGCUUUACCUUUUCCUCAAACGUUGAACGUCGAUGAGCCUUUAUUUGACCUCCGAUCCUGAAAAAUAAUUAAUAGAUGUGGAUUCUUUGUUUUUAAAGAACAUUUUUUUCAAUUUGAACCUGAUGGCGGUCUCACUUUGGCCCAUGAGCUGCACAUUGAGCAGGCCUGCUUCAAAAUGUCUGAAAGCUAAAAAAAAUAAUAAUGAUUUCUUGAUGUGAGCUUUGAAUUCUUCAGAAAAAAUACAGAAAUCCAUGAUAGUCUUCAGAACUCAAUCCUGGAAAAAAAAAAAAAAAAAAAAAACUUCCUCCAGUUCUCGAAUUUAAGCACAGGAGAAAACGUUUAAGACUUACAUGUAUAUUAUUAUAUUAUAUUUCAUCUUCACUUCCCUCUGGACCUCCGUAGUUUUGAUAUUUUUGGAAAAUUAAUGCCUAAAACAAGUUUCUAAGUAAAGAUUGAACGGCUGCAGUGAGUUAACUUUCAUGUUGGAAGAACAAACAAGGCUGUAUUGUUACUGUUUACAAUGAUUAAAUCUAAAGUUUACUGGAAGGACAGUAAAAGUUCUCAAACUCUCAUGUUGCUCAUGAAGAGAUGAACAGAUUCAUAUCGUCUUCACAAGAGAAUCAUGAUCAGUUAUCAGUUAUCAGCUCUGGAAUCAAUACAUUUCUCCUGCAGAACGAACCACAGAGUGUCUGUUAUAAAGAGAAGAGCGGUAAAUUUCCCUCACAGGUCAGAAAAAACAUACAGAAAGAGAAGUUUGAAUAUUACCAGAAGUUUUGGUGGAAACUAUUGUAAUAAUGAUUGAUGGAGCUGAUUUUUUUCUUUUUUUUUAAACCUGCUGUUGAACAUUUGUGAUCCUGCAGCAAACAUCAGAAUCUGUGAAUCUUCAGAGAGACACGGAGCUGUAAUCCCUCCACAGCCUCCAAUCAGAAGGAAUUAACGUUUGUGGAAGAGUUCAGCGCGACUGCUGACAGAAAAAGAAAGAUUUCAAUGAACGUUUGGAUCGACUGCAGGAGAUUUUUUUAAGUUUGUUAUUGGAUUAAGAGUAAAAGCCUGGAGGGAAUUAGUCUCAUCUAGUGGAGCAGCAGCAGCAGAAAGACGUGGCACUAAUUAAUAAUAAGAUGUUUUCAGGAUGACGUUUGUUUCUCUGGAUGUUUUUGUAUCAUCUCAUGUUUCUAUAUGUUUUCUAAGGUGCGUCUUGUGUGAUGAGCAGAUUUUUAUGUUUUUGUUUCUCUCCAUUACUUACAAAAAGGAAAGGGAAGGAAAGUUAUGAAGUGUGUGUCUCCUCCAGUCUGUCUGUGCCGUGCUGCCACCUUGUGGACGGUCCGAGCAGCAGCAGCUCGAGUCUGAACUCUUCAGCCGAGAUGUCGAAGGAUUCUGUGGGAUGCAUUUUGAAAAUGUGCUGUGCAAUUUUAAAAUGAGAUGAUAAUAAAUUUUUGGAGUGCUGA